AUGGCGGAAGAGACGACAUCAGCUUUACUGUCCGACGGGCUCCAGCCUGGCCACGACAUCUUUUGUACACCCCAAAAUGACGCGGUUCCUGCGGGUAGCCUGUACUCAGAACUGGAUGUUGCGCAGCAAGAGAUCCGCCUUGUCAAACUCUGGCCUGGCACCGAAGACAAUGUCAUCGAAUGCACACUACUCCCGGGUAGGCCUUUGCUCGAUCUGAAAGGACUGUAUACGGCUCCAUCCUACUGCGCUGGCUCUGCAAAGAAUACUGAAUCUAUCGUCCUCAACGAUAUGCCUUUCAAUGUGUUCGCAAACCUGGCACAUGCUCUGAAGGAAGUCCGUAACUUCUGGAAAGCUACAUACGGCGCAAGGGAGUGUCUAUUGUGGAUCGAUCAAAUCUCGAUAAAUCAGUACGACAUCAACGAGAGAUCACACCAGGUUCGGUUCAUGCGCGAAAUCUACGAGUACGCAGAACAAGUCCUUGUCUGUCUGUCGACUGAGAAGGCCGACCCGAAAGGAAUGAAUUGGUCUAUAAAGGUCGCGAGAGAUGUUCGCCCCCGUGGGUUCGAUGAGAUUCCCCAAGGGGAACGCGAGAUCGUGACCAGUGACUCUCAUGAUGAUCUGGAUGACAAGCAACGCGCCGAUAUAAUCGAUUACGAUCACCAACGCUUGAUCGCAGACCACGUUAUCUAUAAUACACGGAGCGACUUGAUAGAAGAGUGGUUUGCUUCCUAUGAGAUCAUUGGAGCUCCUUGGUUUACGAGAGCCUGGGUCCUCCAAGAAUUCGUUGUCGCAGCAAAUGUGUACUUCAUGUAUAGUGGAGUCUUUGCAUCCUGGCGAACUGUUCUUCCAGUGUGGAGAGCAAUUUACUCCACCUUCGAUUUUAGAAUUCGCCAGGCAAUCGGUCUCAUGUCGGGCCCCCCGAGGAGCUGGUUUUCUGGUUUUCCGGAACGACGCAACCCGAAUCGACUCAUUGAGGACACUAGGCAAGGCCUCUAUUCAGAAGACGAGCUGCCUGUCCCUUCCCUAGAGGAGCGACAAGCCGGUGAAGAUGUUAUCAUGGCAGACAUGCUAACAGCUAUGCAACUGGAGGGCCUGGAGGUAAGCACUCCUUCCCCGGAGAGCCAGUGGACGAACAUGGGCGUAGAAGCUGAUUCAAAAGCCAAUUCGGUCUCAGCGGAGCUAAACGAACAACAACCCGAAAGUCUUCAUGCUUCGGACGGAUCAGCUCACAGCGACUCCUUGACGGCUACAGGUUUCGCGGAUGACGAGCAGACCGCACAGCCCGAGGAGUACGCAGACGAUGCCGACUCUCUAGAGCUCGAGGAUUUUGACAUUGACUUCAGCGAGCUUCUCCCAUCAAAUUUCCCCGAUUUCCCCUUCGAUGAUUUGAACAACCCCUCCGACGAAAAAUGGGCAGAAAUGCUGAAAGAAGUCGACGCAUGGAACAAAACAUACAACGGCGCAGCCACAGAAGACACUCACACCAACACCGCUCCCGGGGAACCCUUCACAUACGCCGUCGACCCCUUCACCCCCGAAAUCUGCAAAGCCGACCUAAUCCGCUGCCCCAUCUCCAUCCCCACACCAGAAACCGACAUCCUCGCCCACUUCUCCACAGAAUACGCGCGCUCAAUCCGGCUCCUCAAGGUAAAAUACCGCUGGUACCAUUCCAGCCCCUCAGACUGGCAAAAAGAAGUCACAACCCUCAUCUCCGGCAUCGACAACGCGUCCAACAACCUAGAACCCUGGCUACCAUUACACAGAUGGCUCGUACUGUACCGUCGCCUCAUGCAAGGCGCGACGGCGCGUGAGCGCUACAAGACCAAGAAUUUCUUACUGAAGAAGUUGGAGGCGAUGGCGAAGAUGCGGAUGGAGGAGAGUAAGGCGGCGGUUGUGGAGUUACUGCAGGCGAAGGGGAUGAAGUUGGCGCAUGGGGCUUUGUGUGGGAUGAAGCGUGCGGUUGAUGAGGACUGUGAGAGGAGGGGGAGUUUGCUGCUGGGGAGUAUUGCGGAGUUUACGAAUGAGCUUGUUGGGGGGUUUUCGGGGAGGUGGUCGUGGGUGGACUGA